GCCAGAGGGGUAGAGAGGAAUUGAUCUAUGGGGACUUUGGAGCUAUGUCAACAGCAGCUUGGUGUGCGAGUAAGGUUGUGUGCUGUAUGCUUGCUUGUCACAUAAUGUCCUUGCUGCAGAACUGGGAGCUGUUUAACCAAGUGGAUUGGGGGUGUGCAGAGAAUGUCGUUAGAUAUACCCUAUCCCGAUCCUGCAGUGGAUACCAUGGAGAAGUCCCAAAAAGAUUUGUCACAGGACUCGGAGUCAGUGGUGAUAGCUCAGAAGCCCUGUAAGUCAAGGGACUGGCUGAAAUUUGCCCCUCUCUGGAUAAUUUUGAUUCUCGUGGCUACCAUAGGAUUGACGUGGUACCUUCUGGAGGUGGGGACAACUCCUGUGCUUCGGAUUCCCAAACUCUAUGCCUGCAGUCUGAAAAUUGUGAGCCAUGAACUUACCUAUGAUCUGACCCGCCCAGCAAGUAAAGCAUUCAAAACUGAAGCCGAACACCUUCAGAAACUGGUCAGUGAUCUUGUCUUGGCCUCAGAACUGGCUGUGUUUUAUAACUCCAGUACAGUCUACGCAUUUGGAGAAGGUAGCUUGAUUGUUUACUUCUGGCUGAGCCUAGAAGUUCCAGACACUCACAGUCCGUAUGUGACCAUGAACUCUGUGAAGGCAGCAAUCUUGAGUGUCAUGAAAGCCAAGACUAGCAUUGAAGGGACCUACAUAUUUGACCAAUAUCAUGUGGACCCAAACUCAUUUGAUAUACAGGAAGCCAAGUGGCAGGACCGGCAGCUGCACUCUUCUGCUAUUGGUUGCUAUAGGUAUACGUAUGUACAUGCUGGACAGGAAAUUCAUUUGAAAGGCCCUGAUUAUCUCUAUACAACCUGUACGUGGCAUCUACAGGGUCCACCAGGCCAUCUACUGAAGGUUUGGCUCAAGUGGACUCGUCCUGAUUGCAGGGACCGAUUAAUUAUGUAUGACUCUGCUGCUCCUCUUGCCUCUGCCCUCAUCACCUCACAUUAUGGCUGCACCCGCCAGGAACCAGAAUCUGAAGUUUUAUCUUCGGGGAAUGUGAUGCUAGUUCUGUGGAAGCAAGGAAUGUACAAUUACGAUGACCCAUUUAUGCUCACCGUGCAACCCCUGCCCAUUGAAUCCUGUCAGCACAGCAUAGUGCUUAAGAAGACAUUAGAAAUCCAAGGCCAGCUCAGGACACCUUACUACCCAAGCUACUGUCCGCCAAACUUUAACUGCACUUGGAACUUUAUGGUUCCCUCUCCUGAUUACGGCAUUGUUCUGCAUUUUGAAGGAUACAAACUUACACGCCAAUACACCUAUGAACCUUGCUUUUCAGGGCUGUGGCUAGUUCAAACCAAGAGGAUGUGUGGGCUCCGGCUGCUUCAGUCGUAUUCUGAAAGAAUUUUCGCAAUCUCAGGAAAUGUCACUGUAUCCUUUACUAAUAACAAAAUCCUGACUGGGCCAGGAAUACAGGCCUCCUACAGUCUUUUCAACCUAUCUGACCCUUGUCCAGGGGAAUUCUUGUGUAUAACAAAUGGUCUGUGUGUACCUCUUUGCGAUGGAGUAAAAGACUGUUCCAAUGAGCUAGAUGAGAGGAACUGUGUCUGCCCGGCUCAGUACCAGUGCUCAGAAAGUGGUCCUUGUAUCAGUGUGUCUCAGGUCUGUGAUGGCAACAAGGACUGUGUGAAUGGCACCGAUGAGAAGAACUGCGAACAAGCUGUUCCUUGUAGUGCCUUCACAUAUAAAUGUGAAGAUGGAAGCUGUGUGAAGAAGCCAAACCCAGAGUGUGACUCCGUCCAUGAUUGCCGUGACAAAUCUGAUGAGAAGAAAUGCGACUGUGGUGUCCAAGCUCUAGAGAAUCGUCUAAUUGGGGGUGUUACAUCACAAGAAGGAGAGUGGCCAUGGCAGGCCAGCCUCCAAGUUCAAGGAAUCCACGUGUGUGGAGGCUCCUUGAUAGCAAAUAGAUGGAUCCUUUCUGCAGCUCAUUGUUUUCAUCCAGAGAGAUUUGCUUCACCUGAAAUAUGGACAGUGGUCUUAGGUAAGAUACGCCUAAGUCGAAGCAGCCAAAAGGAGAUGUCCUUCAAAGUAACCCGACUGGUCCUUCACCCAUUCUACGAUGAGGAUUCCCAUGACUAUGAUGUGGCACUUGUCCUCCUAGAUCAUGCAGUUCCUCUCACGUCACCACACGUUCAGCCUGUUUGCCUGCCUUCGGGCACCCACUACAUCCCAACUGAUUCUAUCUGUUGGGUGACAGGCUGGGGUGCAGCCAAUGAGUAUGGGCCUUCUGUUGAUACACUUCAAAAGGUGGAUUUAAAAAUAGUAUCUCAAGAUGUCUGCUCAGAUCUUUACCGCUAUCAAAUAUCACCGAGGAUGUUCUGUGCUGGAUAUCGUGAUGGAAGCAAAGAUGCAUGUCUGGGUGAUUCCGGUAGCCCACUGGUUUGUAAAGUGCCACGAGGACGAUGGGUCCAAUUUGGACUGGUGAGCUGGGGGGCUGGUUGUGGCAUCCCCAAAUAUUUUGGUGUAUACAGUCGCUUAACCAGACUUGUCGGGUGGAUCCAUAAUGUCACUGGUGUAUCCUAGCUUGUAAAGAAACUCUUAACAAAUUCUUCAGCAGUGGAGAAAACAAUGAUGGGUAUCAGAGGACAUCUAACGUCUCCAAAAGCUUCAUCAUGACCGUCAACAUCAGGCAACUUUAAGGCCACUUUGUGUUUAGCCAUGAGGUUAACCAAAUUAAAAACUAAAUUCUAAAUUGUCUUUUUUUGUUGUGUGCAUCAAAUAGAGGCAUAGCUGUAGAGAAUCGCAAAAAAAAGUGUAUUUACUGUUUCCUAUUACUUUGUUAACAGUGAGAAAACUAUAUUAAAUUACUCUGAAAAGAAAA